AUGAGUCCUCAAAUUGUUGAUCAAAAACAGUAUAACUCUAAAACUCAAGAUUUAAUGAAUGCUUAUAAGCAGAUAAAAGCAAGAAAUUAUCAUGGGAAGAAAUCUAUAAGCUUAAUACUGUAUCCUAAUACUUCACUGUAAUAAAUUUAAAUGAUAUUUUAGGAAAUUAUUAAAGUAAUAGUAAAUUAGAAAAUAGAGCUCAAAAUUUAAUUAAUGAUAUUAGAUAAAGGAUAUACAAAAAGAAAAUAGAUAUUCACAAGUUAAUUGCUCAUUUAGAUAUUUCAAAAGAUAAAUGUCUAGAUUUUGAUGAAUUUGGAAAGUUCUUGAUGAAAGUUGAUAAAGAUAUUACAAGAUAGAAGAUUGAUUAUAUAAGAAUCAAACCGAAUUUAAAAUUUGGUUUAAAGAUAAUUAUGCAUUCCAAUUAGAAUAUAUAUUAGUUUAUCCUUAAUGGGAAUGCUUAAUAAUAAUAAAGAAAUGGAUCUUAUAAAAAAUUAUCAAACUUACCACAUUAAUUAAAAUCUUAAGAUUCUAUUCAUGAAAAGAACUAAUCAAUUUUAGAGAAAUUAAAAUUGUCAAUCUAAAAAUAGAAAAAAAUUUAUAAGACCUCUAAGUAUCAAAAAUUAUAAAGUAUUAUAGUUUGAUAAAUGUGCUAAUCAGAGACUGGAUAAAAAUUAUUGUUAAAAAGAAUAGAGCCUCAUAUAACUUAAGUAGAAAUAAUUGUUGGUUUUUGCUUUUAUUGAUGAAAAUGGUGAUCGCGAUAUUAAUUUCUAAGAAUUUUAAUAAGUUUAAGUGA